AUGAAGGUUUUACCCGCCUCUGGCCUCGCUGUCCUUGUCACAGCACUAAAGUUUGCCACUGCAACCCCCACCCUACUUGCAGCCACCCCCAGGACCUUCAGGAGCAGCUACCACCUCGCACAGGAAUAUCUUGACAAGUAUUACACACAGAGAGGAGGCCCUCAGGCUGCUGAGAUGGUGGUAAGAGGAGGCAAGCCCAUGGUCAGGAAGAUUAAGGAGCUACAAUCUUUCUUCGGCCUCCAAGUCACUGGGAAGUUGGACCAGAAUACAGUGAACGUGAUCAAGAGGCCUCGCUGUGGAGUUCCUGAUGUGGCUAACUACCGCCUCUUCCCAGGUGAACCCAAAUGGAAAAAAAAUAUUUUGACAUACAGAGUCUCUAAGUACACACCUUCCAUGAGUCCUGCUGAGGUGGACAAGUCCAUAGAGAUGGCCCUGCGUGCCUGGAGUACCGCAGUCCCUCUGAACUUCAUCAGAAUAAACUCUGGGGAAGCAGAUAUCAUGAUAUCUUUUGAAACCGGAGAUCACGGGGAUUCCUACCCAUUUGAUGGGCCUCGAGGAACUCUGGCCCAUGCAUUUGCACCUGGAGAAGGCCUGGGAGGAGACACACAUUUCGACAAUGCUGAGAAGUGGACUAUGGGAAUGAAUGGGUUCAACUUAUUCACCGUCGCUGCUCAUGAGUUUGGCCAUGCUCUGGGCCUGGGCCACUCCACAGACCCAUCAGCACUGAUGUACCCAACUUACAAGUACCAGAACCCCUAUAGGUUUCAUCUCCCCAAGGACGACGUGAAAGGGAUUCAAGCAUUAUACGGACCCCGGAAGACAUUCCCAGGAAAACCCACUGUGCCCCAUAUUCCGCCUCACAAACCAUCCAUCCCCGACCUCUGUGACUCCAGCUCAUCCUUUGAUGCAGUAACGAUGCUGGGAAAGGAGCUUCUGCUCUUCAAGGAUAGGAUUUUCUGGAGAAGGCAGGUGCACUUGGCGGCAGGGAUUCGGCCCAGCACCAUUACCAGCUCCUUCCCCCAGCUCAUGUCCAACGUGGAUGCAGCUUAUGAAGUGGCUGAGCGGGGCAUUGCUUUCUUCUUCAAAGGUCCCCACUACUGGAUCACACGAGGAUUCCAGAUGCAAGGUCCUCCACGGACAAUUUAUGACUUUGGGUUCCCAAGGCAUGUGCAGCGAAUAGAUGCUGCUGUCUACCUCAAGAAGCCUCAGAAGACGCUUUUCUUUGUGGGAGAGGAAUACUACAGCUAUGAUGAAAGAAAAAAGAAAAUGGAAAAAGACUAUCCAAAGAACACUGAAGAAGAAUUUUCAGGAGUGAGUGGCCAGGUAGAUGCCGCUGUGGAAUUAAAUGGCUACAUUUACUUCUUUUCAGGACCCAAAACGUUCAAGUAUGACACAGAGAAGGAAGACGUGGUCAGUGUGGUAAAAUCCAGCUCCUGGGUUGGUUGCUAA